CAGGAAGGUAUUUCGUAAUUUCGCUACUUACGAGCAGCCCUUGAAUGCGACGUAGCCGGUGUUUUCAUUUUACGCUCCUCCGCUCCUGUACGGUGGUUUCCAUGCUUCAAAGACGACAAACGUAGUGUGCAGGGGUACCAUGACUCUGACCAGGGGAUCUUUCACCUAUGCCAGUGGGGAAGAGUACCACGGCGAGUGGAAAGAAGGUCGGAGGCAUGGUGUUGGCCAGCUCAAGUUUCAGGAUGGAACCUGCUACACCGGCCAGUUUGAGAAUGGACUCUUCCACGGUUGUGGUGUGCUGCUUUUUACAGAUGGAUCCAGGUAUGAAGGAGAAUUUGCUCAUGGAAAGUUUCAAGGCACUGGAGUCUUCAAUCGAUUCGAUGGUAUGAAGUUUGAAGGAGAGUUCAAAGACGGACGUGUUGAGGGAUAUGGGCUAUUGACUUUCCCAGAUGGAACUCAUGGUGUCCCACGAAAUGAGGGUUUAUUUCAAAACCACAAGCUGCAGAAGAGAGAGAAGUGUCCGGGAGUGGUGCAGCGUGCUCAGGCUUCGGCCUCCAACGCUCACAGUCUGGCACUUUGACUGUCGUGGAUCCUGAAGGAGACACAGUCAGAGUUCCAGCACUUUCCAGAAGAGCCUCGGGGACGUGUACAUGUAUACUCCCCUGCAGCUCUCCUCUCUUUGUGUCUUCUUUCACCAUCAUUUUCUUUUUCAGCAUCUUCCUUGCUCCGCCUUCACAGUGGCUUGGAAUGCACAUGCAAUUCGACCAAAUAAUGGCUUUGUGGAUGACUGACUUGAAACUGCACAACACCAUGAAGCACACCUUUAACUUAACAAGUCGUGUAAACAGCAAAUUCUGCUGUUCUUUUCUCUUGUUCUGAUUCUUGUAAACAGUGUCAUAGUGUUUUCCUCUAGAAAAGUUAGCCUUCAUACAAUGAAAAACAGAAAAUGGGAGACCUCUUUUUACAAUGCCAUUGCACAUCUUGUACAUGAAAGAGUUCAUAAGUCUACAGACUUUAGAUUUUAGCCAUUAAUUACAUAAAUUCACCUUUAAAAUGCUGCAAUCUCUACAACUGAGUGAAACAUAAAGGUAGCCUGUAAUGUUUUGACAUUUGAUAAUACGAUGGAAUAAUGCUUUUACAAAUGGGGCCUGAUUUUGCUUUUAUCAUGCACAGAGGCGUAAGAAGGCAAACAAACGUGCAAAAGCAUGUUGGCAAUGUGAUAUACAUUCUUGCUGAUGGAGAGUUUUUGUUGGUAACGCACAAAGAAUCACAACAAUAUGCCCACAAAGCCAGUGAAGAGGACUGUAGACUCACUAAACAUGGACCUAAACAAUGCACUAUUUAAAAUACUGAAAAAAAUUGGCUUUACAGAUAUUUUAUCAUGAAAGAAAUGCAUUCAACACACUUGUCAA